CAGGACUCCGGGCAGAGGCACAUCGGGCUGGACUCCGGGCAGAGGCACAUCGGGCUGGACUCCGAGGCACAUCGUGCUGGACUCCGAAUCACCAGGCGGGGCGACAGGCAUCGGGCCCCCAGUCGGAGCGGCGGGCGCCGGACCCCCAGGCGGGGCGACAGGCAUCGGGCCCCCCAGUCGGGCGGCGCGGCGCCGGACCCCCAGGCGGGCAACAGGUCUCGGGCCCCCAGGCAGAGCGACAGGUCUCGGGCCCCCAGGCGGAGCGGCGGGCACCGGACCCCCAGGCGGAGUGACAGGUCUCGGGCCCCCAGGCGGAGCGGCGGGCGCCGGACCCCCAGGCAGAGCGACAGGUCUCGGGCCCCCAGGCGGAGCGGCGGGCGCCGGACCUCCAGGCGGAGCGACAGGUCUCGGGCCCCCAGGCAGAGCGACAGGCACCGAGUCACCAGGCAC